CUGGGUGCACAUUUCCAGCGCAAGGUCAGUCUCUUUGCUGCUCCCCAGGGAGGCAAAGCUGCAGCCUCCGCGAUGUCUGCCUAGCCCUCGGCAGGAAUGAGAGCAGGAGCCAGAGGCGCAGCCCGAGCAGGAGGAGCCAGUCCCUUUGCUGAUGUGCAGGAGGAUAAAGAUCGGAUGUGCCACCUCACCAUGAAGCUCCUCCCCAGGACACAAGAGCUGUGGCUUUGCCUAGGCAUGGUCAUGGGGGUUGCCAUAGGAUUUACCUUCAUCUACACCUUCAGGACAGAGCAGAGCACGUCAGCGCCGGUGCGAAGACCCCACUACUAUCAUUCCCACCCAGUGGAGGACAAUGCGACUGCGGCCGAGCUGUACAACAAGGUGCGGAUCCUGUGCUGGGUCAUGACGGGACCCAGCAACCUGGAGACCAAGGCCCGGCACGUCCAGGCCACGUGGACGCGGCACUGCAACGUGGUGCUGUUCAUGAGCUCGGUGCGGGACGACGGCUUCCCCACCGUGGGGCUGGACGUCAAGGAAGGCCGGGACCAGCUGUACUGGAAAACCAUCCGGGCCUUCCAGUACGUCCACCGGCACCACCUGGAGCAGGCCGACUGGUUCCUCAAGGCGGACGACGACACCUUCGUGGUGCUGGACAACCUGCGCUGGCUGCUGGCCAACCACACGCCCGAGGAGCCCGUCUACUUCGGGAAGCGCUUCAAGCCCUUCGUCAAGCAGGGCUACAUGAGCGGCGGGGCCGGCUACGUCCUCAGCAAGGAGGCCCUGAGGCGCUUCGUGGAGGGCUUCAGGACCCAGGUGUGCACCCACACCAGCCCGGUGGAGGACCUGGCGCUGGGCCAGUGCAUGGAGAAGGUGGGGGUGCAGGCGGGGGACACCCGGGACACCAAGGGGCGGGAGACCUUCCACCCCUUCCCCCCAGAGAGGCACUUGAUGGAGAAUCUCCGGCUUGAUCACUAUUAUCCCACCUACUCCUUCUACCCCAUCCUGCUGGGUGCCCAGAGCUGCUCGGAUUUAUCCAUCUCCUUCCACUACGUCCGCCCGGAGGAGAUGUACAUGUUGGAAUACUUGAGCCGACACCUGCGCCCGCACGGCUACCGGCCCCGCUACCAGCCGGCUCUAACGGCCGGGAACCGCACGGAGCCCAGGGAGGGGUGACUGGCGGGGGCUCCGCGGAGGGACGCCAGCGAAGGGUGCGACACCCCAAGGGCCGGGGUUACACCGACGGUGCGUUAGAACCAGUGUGAGGUGCUCGGUGCCUGGAGCCCACGGUGCCAGGGGCCGUAUAAAGGCGACAGAGGGGAGGGAGGGGGUAUUUGGCGCUGGAGCGUGAGCUCAGAGCAGAGGAGGGGGGGGGCUCUCAGGCAGGGCACCUCAGUGGGUUUGGGAGGAGGGUGUUCUUGGGCACAACCCCUGAAGGAGUUUGGGGGGCCCCCCAGCUAAGGGGGGCAGAUCCUGUCUACAUAUAAGGUGGCCUAUCGUCAUUACAAACCUCCCUUCUCUUUAGCUACCUCCGGAUGAAAUGAGGGUUUGUCCUGGGGGGGGGAAAAGGCUCCGUUUCCCGUCAGUCCCCACCCUGUCCCUGCCGCUCUGCCCUUUGCUGCCGGGCGGCGAAUUCCCAGCUGCUCCCGCCAAGGCCAUAAGCGGCCGGGGGAGGCUCAGGACCUGGUGCCUGGUUCCAGCAGGGGGCAAGGCAGCGACCCAAGCCCUGCCCCCCCCUUUGGCAGCCUCAGAACCCCCCCCUGCACCCUUCCGAUUUUCCUUGCUCGUGCCACGCGGGGCUGCGGGUGGCUCCUGCUGCUCGGCCAUGGAGCCCUCGGCACGAAGAUCCGUCCCUGCCUCCCCCGGCUUCGCUGGGCCACUUUCCUGUGCGCAACAAAAACGCUGAUGCAGAGAGAGCUACAGGGGGCCUGUUCUCCCCCCAAACUCCCCUGCCUGA